UCUCUUGGACAAAACAUUUCCUUUCCCGCAAGACCAACAGAAAUUUGACAGGAGAAGAGGCUUGGUGAUGCAGCCUGUGCCUCUGAAACUGCCCAGUGCUCUCCCAACCACCUGACCCGUGAUCUUGCAGAAACGCCCUAAAGAGCAGCUUUAUUUGGAGGCGAGACGGGCUGCUUGGGUUUUCUGAGGAUGCAAAGACCCCAUUUCUUCUCAUCUGAGAAGAUCGUGGCAAGGAGAACCAGAGGGAGGGAGCGUGCCCUGCUCGGACGCGUGGGCAGGUUGGCCCUGGGCUGCUGCCUGGAAAGCCGGGGACCACGUCACGCCUCCCACCAUGGAGCUGAACCAGACAUCCCCACCUCCCCCAUCACCUGUGCCAGAGACCGAUGACGACAACCUGUGCAGGAUAGAUGUCACCGACGUGGCCAUAGACGGUGUCACGCUGCUCAUCUGCCUCUGCGGGCUGGUGGGGAACGGGGCCGUCCUCUGGCUCCUCGGCUUCCGCAUCCGCAGGAACCCCAUCACCGUCUACAUCCUCAACCUGGCUGUUGUUGACUCCACCUUCCUCCUCUUCAUGGUCACCUCCACCUUCCUCUACGUGGUCGAGAACCUCUGCUUCUCCGCUGUGUCCUUGAUGUACCAGAGGUCACUUUUUCUGCUCUCUCUGCUCUCCUACAACAUGGGCCUCUACCUCCUGACGACCAUCAGCAUCGAGAGGUGCAUGUCCAUCCUCUUCCCUCUCUGGUACCGCUGCCAUCGCCCCCAGCACUUGUCAGCCGUGGUGUGUGCCCUGCUCUGGGCCCUCUCCAUCGCUGUCAUUGCUGCAGUGACUUCUCUGUGCCUGUCGCAGGAGCACGAGCACUGCCAGAUGGCUCUUAUCUCCAUGUACGUCCUCAACUUCCUCAUCUUUGCCCCACCCAUGGUCAUUUCUAAUGUGAUCCUCUUCAUUAAGGUCCUGUGUGGCUCCCAGCAACGUCAACCCAAGAGGCUCUACAUUGUUAUCUUCCUCACCAUCCUCUUCUUUCUCAUCUUUGGGGUUCCCCUCAGCAUCUGGAAUUUCCUGCAGCAGUUUGUCUACAUCGUUGUGCCCUCCCAGGUUGUUUUCCUGCUCGCCUGCAUCAACAGCAGCAUCAAUCCCUUCAUUUAUUUCUUGGUGGGGAGCUGCCGGAGGCACUGCUCCUUGAUGUCCCUCCAGGUUGCCUUCCAGAGGGUCUUUGAAGACACAGGGGUCACCACGAUCUCCAACUAA